UAAAUUUCAUAUUAUACAAUGCCUGAAACCAGGGCUUCGGAAAUGGAGGCGCUUCGAGCUGAAAUUGAACAGCUCAAAGCGUUGAUGACGAUCGGGAAUAGCAGCAAAUUCUGCAUUCCCGAUCCAAUCAAAAAUUUGUCGGAAUUUUCCGGCAACAAGAAGGAACUGUCGAGCUGGCUACGCGAAGUGGAUGAGUUAUACGACAUGUUCAAAAUAAAGGGCGCGAAUGGACAGCCCGACUCACUAAGCUCUAUGUAUUUAAGAGCAAUAAAAAAUAAAGUACAAGGAGAUGCCCGCGCGAUUCUAUGCGCAAAUGGCGAUCCCGAUACCAUCUAUGGUAUCAAACAAAUUUUGAUCGAACAAUAUGGUGACCACCGAGACUUUGCGACCAAUGUGUCGUCGUUAUUCAAUUUACGGCGAGGUGACAAAAGCCACCUCAGGUUUUACAACGAUUGCAAAGACAUCAACACAAGACUUAAAGCAAAUUUGUUGUCGAAUCCUCUAUCCGUUCGACAAAUUAUAGAUGUUUUAAGUGUAACUAGAUAUUUAGAUAACAUUGGGGAGCCUUUAGCUUCCAUAAUAAGACAAUCGAAGCCAAAUACGUUGGAAGAAGCAUACGAAGCCGUAUCCAUAAAUCAAAACGCAGAAAUUAGAACGAAGCCUAUUAAAUUUCAUUCACAGUCCAGACCUCAUAACGACCCUAAAAGCAGCGGUCCAUAUAAUAACAAUAACGGCAAAACAAAUCCAAACGCGAGUAAAUUUGUUUAUAAAAAACAAGUGCAACAGCAUAAACCUCGGGCAGAAUACAAUACUAACGAGAUCGACGUGGCCAAUGAAUACGACGAUGACGAUGGUGACGACAACGAUGACAAUGUGACAAACAGUGAAGUGCAUAGUGAUGAUUCAAAUUUUUUAGAAGAAGAGCGUCAGCAGGCAGCAACAUAAACAAUUUUAUACCUUACAUUAAUUACCAGACAAAUAAAGGAGUGCUUAAAUUCUUAAUCGAUACGGGCGCAAAUAAAUCUUACAUUAGUCCGGAACAUGUGCACAGGACCAAAAUAACGGAUCGGCCCGCAAUAGUAACGAACAAAAACGGUAAAUUUAUCAUCGACAAAAUGGUCCACAUAAAUAUUUUCCCCAGAGUAUCCAAUGAAAAGCUUCCUUUUCACGUUUUUAAAUUUCAUGAAUUUUUCGACGGCCUCAUUGGCUACGAAAACUUAGCAGCAAUGAAAGCCAAAAUUGACUCAGGCAAUCAUCAACUGUUGAUAAGAAACAUUCAGUAUCCACUUUCAAAAUAUUAUCCACGUUCAUGGAACUUUCACGAACAAACGGAGGAGCUAGCUGAGAUAUGCACCACCUCCGAUGGGACAUUUCUCAUUGAGAACGAGUUAAACCUAACGACCGGUGUUACGUUACAACCUGGUUUAUAUGCAGCUAAAAAUAAUCGUGCCACAGUGCAUUUAUUCAGUACCAAGCGUGCUAAACUGAACGAAAUUAAACCGCUCGAAAAUGAACGCUAUUUCCUUAAUCAACAUGAAACGUGUCCGCGACUGAACUUCCCAGCGGAUCACCUAAGCAGAGAAGAAGUCAAACUCUUAGCUAAGACUCUACAACCAUAUAAAAGCAUUUUUUAUCAAGAAGGACAAAAAUUAGAUUUCACACAUCAAGUAAAACAUAAAAUUGAAACUACCGACAGCAAUCCGAUCCACCAGCGAACCUACAAAUAUCCAUA